AUGUAAAAAACUCAUUAUAGUUCAUUUAGCAUUUCUUCUAAUUCAAUUGAAAAUUCAUAAAAUAAUGCUUCAUUAAAAGGUAAAAUCUCUUCAUUAGAAUCACUUAUGUAUGAAGUUGCUGAUUCUGUUGAAAUGCAUAGAAAAGAAUACUAAUCAUUAAAAUAACUUAAAGAUGAAUUUGAAUCGAUAUUAUCUAAUAAAACUGAGGAUAUGUUAAAAACACUUUAAAAUGAAUUAAUGUAUUAUCAUUUACAAUAUAAGUCAUUUAGAUGAUGAAUUAAAGAGAGAAGUUGGAUAUUAAUUGGCAGAAAAUUCAAGAAUUCAAACUUAACUAACUCAUCUCAAAGGUGAAAAAACUGCUUUAUCCAUUAAAUUAAAUGAACUACAUUUAAGAAUCACCAAUCUAGAAGGAUAAGUAGGAAAUCAUGAAUAAAAUUGAUUAUUAUUAUUAAUUU